GUUCAUCUUUCCUUCAUUUUUCAUUCAAUUCUCUUUUUAGUUAAAUAAAUUUUAUAACAUAACUAAGGGUAAUUUAAAUCCUUACAAAUCGCCACCAUAUUUAUCUGAAUCUGAAAUAUCCUCUGUGCUACCCAACAAGUGGGCCCAAAAAUAGAAAAAAGUAUCUCAAAAAGAUUUUUUUUUGGGUUCUCAUCGACUUAACACCCCAAAAGAUCUUCCUGACUUACUCCCACUCAAAAAAAUCUGACCUCUGCCACUUAAAAUCCUUCAAGCCCUAUUCGAAACAAACACGGAUUAAACCUUUUACUGCUCGGAAAUGGAGACUGAAGUCGUGAGAAGAAGAGUCCACACGAUUGCAGGCCACUUUGUAGCACCCACUAAUGACGAUAUUAUCUCUUCCACCACCCGUCUUCUUCCAAUGAACUGCAGCAGUUUCAACUCUGUGAUCCAAAGGUAUGAUAACAGAAUGUAUUUUGCACGUCAAGCGUCCAGUUCUCAAGGUUGUUUCAUGAGGCCAAGUUCAAGUGAACAGAGUUCUUGCAAAGCUUCUGAAGCACCACUGUCUGCUAGGCCUUCUCUUCCCCUUAAAUGCUCUGGACUCACAAACGAUGGCUCUUGCAAUACUUCUGAAGCACCAUUAUUUGCUAGACCUGCAAGGACAGAACUAAACAAUGCUAAUUUAUCACAAAUCAAACAUCAGGUGCAGGAUUGCAAAUUAUUCACCCCUGAUAUGUCUAAGUUUUCUAAACAAGAUAGAAGAAUUGGUCCGAAAGAGCAAUUCCAUUUGAAGAAAAAUACAUAUUUUUCUGGAUCUAACGGAGUUUCAAGGAUGGAUGUAAGAGAAUUGGGACUCAAUUAUGUCGUGAUCAUGGAAAUCCCAGGUGUUGGCAUCAAUGACAUUAGAGUGGAAGUUGAUGACCAAAACUUAACCGUGAAGGCAAAACGUCCCAACAAGCAUUGGAAAGUAACGGGUCAUCCGAAUGGCGCAUAUCACAGGAGAGAAUACAGGGAAGAGCCAUACCAGGUCGUGUGGCCGAUUCCUUCAGAUGUGAACAAAGACAGUAUCUCAGCUGAGUUUCUAAAUGGAUUCCUACAAAUCAUUAUUCCCAAACUUUGAAGUUGAUAUUUGCAGCCACAAUUAUUUAUUCUAAGAUACUGUUGAUUCAUAUAGCAAAUGUACUGGUUAUGCAUGCAAAUUGGUAUAAUUGUGUUGUUGUAGCUAUUUGUGACCAAAUAAUUAGUAGCUUAUAAGUGCUACUUAUGGUAAACUUACUGGAUAAUGUAAUGGUAAUGUUGCUUGAUAUUA